UUCCGAAAUCCGAUCUUAUUUGCUUGUUAAUAAUCCUCACGUGUUUGACUUUUGUCUCCAACUUCUCUCGUACAACCUCUUGUAUGCGCAUUAUAAUGGCAAUCCCAGGAACAACGGCAAUCCAAAACCUGUCCAUGCCACCCUCAACCGACCCCAUCACAUCCCGCCACGUGGCCGUGAUCGGCGCAGGAGCCUCCGGGCUCGUGGCGGCCCGAGAGCUCAGGCGCGAGGGCCACAGUGUUGUGGUCUUCGAGCGCGGUGACCAGGUCGGCGGCAUCUGGGUGUACACACCGAAUGUAGAGUCUGACCCGCUAGGACUCGAUCCGACCCGGACGACUGUCCACUGCAGCCUAUAUAACUGCCUCCGCACCAACCUACCCCGCGAAGCCAUGGGCUACGUAGACUACCCGUUCGUCUCAAAAGAAGAUCCGGAUCGAGACCCAAGACGGUUUCCGGGUCACCGAGAGGUCCUCAUGUACCUCAAAGACUUUGCACUCGAAUUUGGGAUCGGUGAAAUGGUGCGGUUCGAGACGGAGGUUGUGUGCGUGAGAUUAGUUGAGGGCUCCAAAUCCAAAUGGAAAGUAAAAUCGAAAAAGAGAGGCAAGGAUGACGUCACUCUGGAGGAGAUUUUUGACGCUGUCGUUGUAUGUAACGGGCACUAUACUGAGCCUCGGAUCGCUGAAAUCCCCGGUAUGAAUGCAUGGCCGGGGAAGCAAAUUCAUAGUCACAAUUAUCGUGUUCCUGAGCCUUUUCGAGAUCAAGUUGUAGUUUUGAUAGGGAGCUCAGCAAGUGCCAUUGAUAUUUCACGGGAGAUAGCUGGUGUUGCCAAAGAAGUCCACAUUGCAGCUAGAACAGUUAGGGAUGGAACAUUUGGAAAGCAGCAUGGCUACGAUAAUAUGUGGCUUCAUCCUAUGGUAGAGAGUACUUGUAAAGAUGGUACUGUAUAUUUCCAAGAUGGCUGCUUUGUCCUUGCCAAUGUUAUUCUACAUUGCACAGGGUACAAGUAUCAUUUUCCUUUUCUUGAAACCGAUGGCAUUGUGACUGUGGAUGACAACCGUGUGGGGCCUCUGUACAAGCACAUUUUCCCACCAGUUUUGGCACCAUGGCUUUCCUUUGUUGGGUUACCAUGGAAGGUUUUACCUUUCCCCAUGUUUGAAUUGCAAAGCAAGUGGAUUGCUGGUGCUUUGUCAAAUCGAUUCACCCUUCCAUCGCAAGAGGAGAUGAUGGAAGAUGUUGAAGCUAUCUACUCAUCACUCGAAGCUUCUGGCACACCUAAGCGAUACACUCAUUGUAUGGGUGCUAGUAUUCAGUCUGAAUACAACAACUGUCUCGAGGCUCAUUGCGCAUGUACUGGAAAUGAAGAAUGGAGAAUGCAAAUGUUUGAUGCCAUGCUUAAGAGCGUGCUUGCUCGACCUGAGUCUUACCGAGAUGAGUGGGAAGAUCAUCACUUGAUUUUGCAAGCUCAUGAAGACUUCAUCAAGUACACCUCCAAUUGAGUCCUUCAUAGGUGUGUCUCAGAGUAAUCAAGUUUCCAAGACUCCACUCGUACUACUUGCUGGAACCACCUGUCUGUUAUUCUCUUGUACUCUUAUUUUUUUUUUCAUUCUUCUUAAUGAUAAAAUACAAAUUAAGAAUAAUGAGAGUGACUAUGCUCAGGUAUACAUGAAUGGUGAUUUCUUCUGCUCCUUAGAAUAAAACUUGAAUAAAUCAGAUACGUGAGAGUUCUCCCUUUUAAGUACCUUAAAACCCACCCUGUCUUUGUUCCUUAUGUGCGUCCACCAGAAUACAAUUCAAUGCUAGGAAUGGAAUAUAUAUUUGUAGUGAUGUAAUUGAGUUAGGUUGAGUCAAGUAGUGAAUGUUUAAGCUCGGCUCGAUUAACAUGUAUAGUUGCUCAAGUUUGAGUAAAGCUCGAGGACCCUUCGAGCUUUAUGCUUAAGAUAUAAUAAUGUAACAUUAUCAGUCUAUUAUUGUGAGAUUCAUUGAUCAAUACUUACAUGGUACCAUUCAAACUC